UGACCCUGCACCUUUCCGUAUGAGUCACUGCAAGUCCAAAAUCGAAGAUCCCUUAUUCGUCAAGUUCAACAUCGACACUACAGCUUGCUAUCUUGGCACUAGUAUAUAUAACAUUGACAGAUUCACUCUUCAUUCACGUCUGCCUGCACUCUGUGGCCUGGGAAAUUGGUGACAAAACUGAGACGUUGGAAUCGGGGACAUCAAACUCCCAAGCACCACACCAAUUUACUACAAAUAGAUCAUGAGGGCCUGAACUACGACACAUACUGUACAUUUCCGAAACAUACCCAAAAUAUGACCCGCACCCGGAGAUCCGACCUCUCUGUGGAGGAGUCCUGGCGCAUGGUGGAAGAAGGUGAUAAUGACAGCUUCGACAUGUCCAUAGUCAACGAUCCUGAGGACGAUCCUUUCACGUAUAAUGGCCAGUCGCAGCAAUCGCAACAAUCACAACAAACCUUGUCCUCACAAGCCUUGUCUUCCCAGGGCAUGAGGUUAGGGUCACAGGACAGCAUUCACGAUUUUGCUGAGAAAGCAGACGACGAGCAGGUUAUACUACGCGCCCCCUUUCAACCAUCUCUUUCUUCAACCAGGCGCAUUUCCUUGGAUCAAGACAAAACGCCCGUGCCUGAACUACGGAUGCCUGCACUUCGAAUGCCAUCAGUCGAUGUUAGCAACCAACGAGGUGACAAUCGUUAUGAGACCAGGUCUGCUCAUUCUAAUACGAUCAGGCAAAUGCCAGUGAAGCGAAGGAUUGUCCGCCGGGAAGACAGCUCACCAACUCGGCCUAAACCUAACCCUAAACCAAACGAGCAACCCCAAAGACCUUCUCUCUCUGAACGGUUUACAACUUCCGCCCCAGAGCUAUUAUUUGAGAUGGUUUCGUGGGUAAUAAACACCCUCCUCAUGGCUUUCCGCUACUUACAACGCCCAAUCGCCAUCCUACUUGCUCUCUACCUAGUGGUCGGCACGUUCAUGACAGCAAAGAACGUAAUUGUUCGCCACAUAUCGGCACCGUUCGCCCCAUUGUGCCAGAUUCCCGUUGUGUCAUGGAUCAACCUCCCCUUUUGCCCAGAGUCCUCGUCAGACUCGGGCCCAAGACGCGGCUCGUCCUCGGUUGAAUUUGAGGAACUCAUGAAUGUACAAGCUCGAUUUGAAGAGGUACUCGAGAAUGCCGCUCAAGGAGUUUCACUUCCCUUGGACAUGAAGCGUUCAGAGGCAUCCGUUCGCGAUCUUCGUACAGUGGUCAAGCACAGCGAACUGCCAAGCCGCGCCGAACUAGUCCACGAGUUUGAUAACUACGUUACAAUAAUUCGCUCUAGCGCUAAUGACUUGCAAACGUUUAACACUCGCGUUGGCAGUGCAGUGGAUAACGUGAUUAGCAUCAACCGAUGGACGUCGCGAUAUAUCGACUCGAUUGCCAUGAAUCGAGAGGCGAAUAAUAAUAUGUUAUCUCGCUUCAGCGGCUGGAUAUUCUCACCUUUCCAAGUAUCCGUUUUUGACGAGCAAGCCCUUGUAGAUAAAUACAUGGAGCACACCGGCUUAGUUUCGGACAAGAUCUUGAAACUUGUCAUAGAAGCACAGGCUAUAAUACGUCAAUUCGAGAUAGCUGACGAGACUCUUGCGACCAUCAAGGACCAUGUCGAGCGGACCAAUAACGUCGUCAAGGAGAAACAUGACGAGGUGUACUGGAAUAUUUGGACACUUGUCGGGGCCAAUGGUCGUCAACUUCAUAACCUAGAGUCGCAAAUGCAUCUAUUGAAGCAGGUCGAUGCUCAGAGGCAUUUGGCAGUUCGCCGACUAACCAGCUUAGUACACGACCUCCGCGACAUUGAGACGAAGCUCAGCGAUCUACGUGAACGGGUAGCAGCCCCGCAGUUAGUAGCUGACACAGCAAAUAUACCACUGAGCGUGCAUAUUGAGACUAUCAAUGCUGGUGUUGAGAGACUUGAUGCCGCGCGAAGCCGCAUUCGGGCCGAGGAGAACGAAAGACUUCAGCAGGCGAUACAGAGGUCGAAGGAGGAACCUAAAAUGAUUGACGGGUAGCUCGGGGUAGAAAUUUGCGAACUAUUACGUACCUAGAUCAUAAACAUGACGAAUCUCAAGGACAGUAGCCGGUACAGUCGGGGACCUGGACUUGGGGAAUAAGUAUGUCUUGGAGGAAUUGGACAAUAGGUCCAUCUUUUCGUUAUAAAGUCGAGAUGUUGGGUAUGCUAAGCCUGUGAGACUGUAGAAAUUAACACACGUUAGGGUUGGCUUGAUUUAGCAUAGUUCAUAAUACCCCUAGUAUGAUUCUCCUCAGGUUGAUGUAUCAAA